AUGGGUGGCGCGCGGGCGGAGGUGUCGUUCGACCCGAAAAUCUGCUCGCGGAUGGCUUGGAACGAGUGGCCCGGGUCCGGGUCGACGAAGUGGGACUGGUCACGGAAGAAGAUCCGGGAUGAUUUCGGGUCGGAGGUGUUAAUUGGGUUGGAUUCGGACCCGUCGACGCCGUUGAUUUCAGGGUUGAAAUUCUUCAUCCAACCCAGCAUGUGGUCGAACGACCGGUUCUCCAUCACCAGGACCACCACCGUUUUUAUCGGGCCGGUGCCGGCGCCGGUACAGUGCCGGUGGCCGGCGAGGAGGAGAAGGAGGAGGAACACGGUGGCUGAGGAUGUGUUUGCCAUUUAUUAUGUUGUUUUGUUUAAAGGAAUGAGCACUAUGGAGUGUGUGAUAGUAUAUAAACUGAGUGGUGGUGAUAGCAUCCACGUUUGGAGCCCGUUUUAG